AUGACCGAUAAUAGUGCUGCUUCAUCCAACCUUAAUACAUCGGCUAGUGCUGCUGCUGCUGGUAAAGGUAAGAAAAAGGCCGCUGGCUCAUCAGCAAAUAAAACCAAAAAAGCGAAAAGCGCAAGCACCCAUCCAAAAUUCGCCGCUAUGAUUAAACAAGCAAUAACACAAUCGAAUGAUCCUAAUUUUAAAGUAAAUGCUGCGACUGCCAAUCAACACCUUAAAGUUGCAUUACGCGCCGGUACAAAAAAUAAAACAUUAAAACAAACGAAAGGUAUUGGUGCAAGUGGAAGCUUUAAAUUGGCCACACCAGCUAAGCAAGUCAAAUCGGCAACUGGUACAAAGAAGGUCGCAGCGAAAAAAUCGUCCGCAGCCAAACCACGUAGCCGAUCGAAGACACCAGGUGGAAGCAAAAAAGCUGCUGGUGCAUCACCAAAGAAAGCACGAUCGUCAAGCAAAGGAAAAGCUGCCGGUGAAGGAAAACGAAAACGCUCAGCAUCUCCAACAAAGAAAGCAUCGACGAAAAAAGCUGCCAAAGCUACGAACGUUCCAACUGCAACAACCGAUGCCAAUGCCUCAGCCACUGCAGCUGCUCCUGCUGCUGCUGCUGCUGCUCCAAAGAAGAAAGCUGCCGCACCCAAAAAAGCUAAAUCAGCUAAACCAAAAUCAAAAGCAGCAGCUAAACCAAAAGCUGCAGGAAGUGCUAAAGCCAAGAGUCCAAAGAAGAAGACCGCAUCCCCAAAGAAGAAAGCUGCCGGUGCAUCCAAACCAAAAUCUAAGAAAGCUGCUCCAUCCGCAUCGUCGAGUGCAAGUGGAUCAUCCAGCAGUGCAGCUAAACCAGUCAAAAAAGCGAGCAAACCAGCCGCCAAGAAAGCCAAAAGUCCCAAAAAGGCCGCCAGCAAAAAGUGA